GGUCCCGGGGGUCCCGGGGGCCUGCCCCCGCUCCCCAAGAGCCUGAGCGGGCUGCUGCACUCGGCCUUGGGCGGGGCGGGGGGCUGGCGCCGCCUGGACCGCCUGUACGCGCAGAAAUCCCGCAUCCAGGACGAGCUGGCCGGGCCCGGCCCCCCCAAGCCCCCCAACUUGGACGCCGCGCUGGCCCUCCUGCGCAAGGAGAUGGUUGGGCUGCGGCAGCUGGAUAUGUCUUUGCUGUGCCAACUGUACUCUCUAUACGAGGCGGUCCAGGAGUACCGCGGGGCCUGCCAGGCGGCCUGCAGCCCGGACGGCUCGGACACCGUGGGACACGCCUUCUUUGACGAAGAGGAGGAAUUCUUCCCGCCCAAUGGCGGGGACCAAGACCCCCGGCCCAACUUCUCACUGCCGUCCGGGGCCUUCUCCAGCGACAUCUGGAUCCGGGACUCCGUCUAGGGCCGGUCACGCUGUCUUCUGGCUGCCGUCGACCUGGUCUCCGCUUGCAGAUGCUGCCUCUCUCUCUGCGGUCUGCCGGUGCCACUUGUAGGCCGGGCAUCCCGUACCUGGCAUCCACAGUGGGGCCGUUCCACGAGCCGUUCGUGGCUCCCCAUGGCUUUGGCUCGAGGACACGGUGCCCGGGGGGAGUCCCCCUCCGCAACUUGAGACACAGAAACGGGCCACUUCCUCCCUGGCAGUUGUUCUGGGCUGAGGGGCUCUGGCUUCUGCCCCAGGCACUGUUCCUUUGUGCAAAUUCUGUCCUGAAGACAGAGUGACGGCUGACUGCACCUCCUUGCCAGCUGGGAUUCUGUGGCCAGUGUGGCACCCUCUUCCCCCUCAACCCAAGGAUCCCUGGAGCGGCCGGAUGGUUUGGCUCGUGGUUGGUUGCCUCCUCCUGAUGACAGCGAACACCCAAACCCACUCCUGGGCCUGGCGGCGACCUGCUGCUUCGUCCUCGUGGCAGCUGUGCCCAGGUGGGUGGGCGAGGGAAUUAGGCUGAGGAGAAGAGGCGGCUUGCAACAGGCUGGAGGGCUGGAAGCCGUCUGGUGACACGUUUUAUUGUAGAAUGUUCCAGAGUCUCUGCUAGUAAACAGACAUGCCAGGGAACACGUCUUGGCUGUGGGGCUUGGGUGGGUAAACGCGGCAGCUGUCUCCUUCGGUGACAGCCGGCCUUCAGCUAUUUUACUUAAAUUGUUUUUUGGACCAUUAAACCCUAUCCUAGCUUCCAGCAAGAACUCUGA